GUUCGCACCGCUUCGGUUCCAGCAGUUACACUCAUCACAUUGAUUCGCAAACUGAGACUGUGUUCUCUCCACGCGAAAACUUGUCACCAGGGCACUUCGGAAUUCCCGUCACUUAAACCAGGAGCAUUUGAGUCUGGCGAUGGCCCCCUUUCCGUCAAGCAAGAAAACGCGCGGCCCUGUGCUCGCAAAGCCUGCAGACGACGACGACAUCUACGGCACCUUUGACGGCCCUCCACGAUCGCCAGUGUCCAACGAUGCCUCUAGCUCCAGAUUCGGUGCAUUGCUACGUAUCGGUGCCAUCGCUGGCCUAGUCCUGCUGGCUGCAGGAUAUGUAACGAAGUCGACGUCAAGCCCCGUUAGUGUUGGACUCAGCACCCAAGAGCAGUCAAAGUUAAUCACGAACGCGUCCGAAAUCCCGGUCCCUGAUUUCCACCAACAGUUUGUGGACAACGUGAAUGCUCGUAAUAUCCGCGAGUACCUGCACACAUACUCGAGCGUCCCACACAGUUGCGGUACCGAGCAGGACUACAAAACCGCUCUGUUCACUGCCAAGAUGUUUGAGUCGUUCGGAAUCAAAGCCGAAAUCAAAGAGUACUACACGCUCCUAUCGACUCCAGUUCGACGUCACCUGGCAAUCGUGGAGCCUGUAGAGGCUGCUCGCGAGCUGAAUUUAACGGAGGCUUCGGUUCCUGGUGACACGUGCACUAGCGAUGACAGUGCAUUGCCACCAUUCGUGGCGUACGCUGCCACUGGAAACGUCACAUCUUCCAUAGUGUUUGUAAACUUCGGUAAACCAGAUGACUUCGAGUGGCUUAAAGCCAAUAACGUCACACUUGAAGGGAAGAUCGCCCUUGUUAGAUAUGGCGGCAGCUUCCGCGGCCUCAAGGCAAUGGCCGCCGAACAGCACGGUAUGGUCGGUGUGCUGAUCUAUUCGGACCCUAAGGAGGACGGGUUUGUGCAGGGCCCGGUGUACCCGGCUGGUCCGUGGCGUCCUGAGGGAUCAUUUCAACGAGGUUCGCUCACAUACCUCUCAAUGGCUGCCGGUGACCCGACAACGCCAGGUUGGGCCUCUACUGAGGGUAGUUUCCACAUCCGAUACGAAAAGGUGGAGACUAUUCCACACAUUCCAGCGCUGCCGCUAUCGUACGGUCAAGCGCAAUAUAUUCUGCAGUCUUUAGGAGGUAGAGAAGCUCCUGCCUCGUGGCAAGGAGGUCUGUCAUUGCCGAAUGGCUACCGAAUUGGCGACGACGAAGCAACUGUGGUGAACUUGGACAUUGAAAUUGAUAACAAGAUCGGACCAAUCUGGGACGUUAUUGGUACCAUCGAAGGCUCUGAAGAACCGGACGAACUAGUACUGCUGGGUAACCAUCGUGAUGCCUGGGUCUGCGGUGCAAUCGACCCAAACAGCGGCUCUUCUACUCUUCUAGAGAUCGCUCGUGGCUAUGGUGAGCUCCUGAAACAAGGUUGGAAGCCUCGACGUACGCUAAUUCUCGGAUCAUGGGACGGCGAAGAGUAUGGUCUCUUAGGCAGUACCGAGUAUGCCGAGGAAAAUGCUGAACGCUUUAGGAAGCAAGCCGUUGCGUACCUCAACGUGGACUCUAUCAUGGGUCCGUUGGUCAGUGCUAGUGCCAGUCCAGCCAUUGCUGAGUUCCUCUAUCAGACAGCGAAGAGCGUACCGGCAAACAUGUUCCAUGGUAACGAGACGGAGAAGACACUGUACGAGCAAUGGGUCAAGCAAGCAGCAGCUCACCGCGAGUUACUUCACGGAGCUAGCGACGGAACACUUGGCCCUGCACACUUGAUCAACUUCAUGGGGUCUGGUUCAGAUUACACGGCGUUCUAUCAGCAUCUUGGUAUCAUUUCAGCCAACUUGGGCUUCUCAUUGUCGCGUGCUCCGUAUGGAGUUUACCACAGCUCCAUGGAUAGCGUAAGGUAUUCAGAACUGUAUGCAGACCCGAACUACACCACUCACAUCACCACUGCGCAAUGGUGGGGAUUGCUGGGUCUACGACUUGCUGACGACCAGAUUUUGCCAUUCGACUUCACUACGUAUGGGUUUGUGAUGACGGAGGAUCUGGCUGGACUCGAACAGCAAGUUGCUGGACAAGGAGUGGACUUCGGCGAGCUACACAAGGCCAUCGCUCGAUUCACCUCUGGCGCUACCACUUUCCACGCGCAGCUCGCCGCCUUCAUGUCAAAUGAGACUCUCGCUGCUAACUCCGACGCUUUCCACUCGUGGAACGAGAAGCUGGUGCUGUUGGAGCGUCACUUGAUCACUAACGAUGGGCUACCUCAUCGUCCGUGGUACAAACACGUCAUUUUUGGACCCGGAUUUUACGAAGGCUAUGCUGGAGCAGCGUUCCCGGGCAUCUCGGACGCCAUCGCGUUCAACGAUGAUGCUGAUACUAUUCAAAAACAUGUCAACGAAGUGGCUCGCAUUGUGGACGAUGCGGCCACCUACUUGCUGUAAUUGACAUUUUGUCACAUCUAAAAAUGUUAAAACAAGUUGAAGUUGUCAUUAUCU